AGAAAAACAGAUAUCAUAAGCAACAUGAAUUAAAUUUGUUAUCUCUUCUUAUAUCUUUUUUUUGUACAAUGAAAUGGACCUUCCGCCUGGCAAGCGAUCCAAACCAGCUACCGUUCUUUUAAUCUCGUGGAGCGUCCUUCAAUCUCAGCUAUUCUGGUUUUGUUCGGCCAUUUACUGGCUUUGCAUCGCUCAGGAAGCGUCCAAGAAAGAGGUUGUGAAAAAGGCUUUACCAAACACACCUUCACCAUCCAUCUUUUCAUCAGUACCUCCAUCUCAUGAACCCGGCCUCGAUCUGCCCUUACUUCCAGAGCCAAGGACACGUCCUGCCACAGAUUUUAGCAACCGCUGCCGUUCGUGUUCUUGUCCAGCAAAAGAGGUAGCCGACAAAGUGGUCGAUUGUCGACUAACCACAAUCGCUUCCCAACCAGAAUUCCGUUACACUGCAUGCAAUGGACAAGCUGUUACGUAUGCUCCGGCGUGGUGGCUAAAGACUCGAGCAGCACUCAACCGACGUGAAUCGCUAUUGUUGCGUUGCCAUCGUCGUCGUCGCUCAGCAACAUACCAUAGCCGUUCGUGCCGCGGGGAAUCAAAGGAAUCUUCAACAGAAACAUUAGCCGAAACUAUUACGUCCACCAACACUACUGUAGCCACAACAAGUUGUCAGUCAAUGUCAAGCAUACCAACUGUGGUUCCGACCGUCAGCUUACCCACCGUAUCGCCUUGCCAACUUGAUUCAAAAGGAACAACCAUCGAAACAAGAGCUUCGCUUUCACAUUGUCGACAAUCCAGCAAAUGCGCCGCUUAUUUUUCAAAAUUACGUACUGUUGUGCGCAAAAAGUCCAGCCGUCCGACUUCCCCGGAGCCGACAUCCUUGUCCUGCUCACCGCCCUGUACCGCAUCGACACCUUCCUCUAAACGAUCAUCACCACGGGUCAAGAAUACUAUUGUAAAGCUGUUUCGUAGAAACAAGUCUGUUCGAUCUACCCAAUGA